AGGUGUUUGGAUACUUAUAGCACUUUUACAAAUAUAUAAACGCAAACGAUCUCUCUCACCAUUUGCACCUCUAUCUCUCUCUCUCAAUUUACAAGUGGGAAACUAUAGUCUUGUAAAUACAUAACACUACAAGAGAGUAGUGUUUCCAUAAAUGGAAAGUAAUAAACAUCCUAAACAAGGUGGAGCAACGGCGGAGAUCACCGCGAAACCAUCUAGAUUUAAGCGGAUUUGUGUCUUCUGUGGAAGCAGCAUUGGCAAGAACCCCGUCUACCACCAUGCUGCCGUCGAACUAGGCAACCAAUUGGUUGAAAGGAAGAUUGAUUUGGUGUAUGGAGGGGGAAGCAUUGGAUUAAUGGGCCUUGUUUCCAAAGCCGUGUAUGACGGUGGCUGUCAUGUCUUAGGGGUGAUACCUAAAGUGCUUAUGCCAAAGGAGAUAAUCGGGGAAACUUUAGGUGAUGUAAAACUAGUGUUGAAUAUGCAUCAAAGGAAAGCUGAGAUGACACGUCAGGCUGACGCCUUUAUAGCUUUGCCUGGUGGUUAUGGAACUCUAGAAGAACUUCUUGAAGUGAUUACAUGGGCACAACUUGGCAUCCACCAAAAACCGGUAGGAUUAUUGAACGUGGAUGGAUACUACAACUCACUGCUAUCUUUCAUAGACAAUCCCGUUAACGAAGGUUUUAUCUCCCCUAAUGCUCGUAGUAUUAUCGUCUCCGCCCAAACCGCUCAUGAACUCUUGUCCAAGCUUGAGGAAUUCGAACCGGAAAAUUGGACCGGAGUUAAGUCGAGUUGGGAAACUGAGCAACAAUUGGAUUAUUUUGCUAAGUCAGAGUUUGCACGUUGACUUAAUCCAGAAAUCCUAAAUGAAGACCAUUAACAAACGUUAGAUUUUCAUCACAAGUCUAUUCAACUCACCUUAUAUUAAACAUUUUACUUCAUGUAAAUAUUUAUUAUUAUUUUUAUCGUCUUGUUAGUUGUGUUUAAUAUACAUCAUUGUUUGUAUAAUUAAUUGUGUCGAGUGAAUCAAUGAUAGGAAGAUAGAUAUAGAAAGGGUAUUGUAUUUGUUUUUUUUAAUUUCAUGUGUAUUUUUAAUAAAAAAAAGGUUGUGUGAUAUAC